UUAAAUGUUGCUGCAAGUGGUGUUUUCUUUUUGGCCAUUAAGGAACCGGCGAAUGUUUAUGCAAUAAUAGUCACAGCUGAUUGUGUGUAUUGUUGCAACUCUACUGUUGUUCUAUAAACAGUUUUUUGGGGAGUUGUUACAAUGGCCAUUUAUUAUAUUUCUGUCUAUUAUCCCAAAACUUUUUUUUUAAAGCAAUGGCCUUUCUUAUUUGAUAGCUCGCAUACUUUCAUUCAACUCAGGCAUGAGGGUACAACUUGAUCUAGAGGUGCAUCACAUAACUACACAGCGGAGCUCGUCUGCUUUUCUGUGAGACAGCACACAAAACACAAGAAAGUCCUUCUGAUCAUCACAUGUGUGUCUUCACUGCUUCUGAGGGGCAGGUCGAAACAGAUCGUGGGUCUGAGCUGCCUUUUUUCUUUCUUCUUUUCUUCCCCCAACUGAGUUGCAUGCAUUCAAACGUUUCUCAGUCUGUACUUUUCCACGACCUAGUCUUUUAUUUUCUAUUCUUGUCCCGGGGGAACCUGCGUCACUCCCGGGCCGUUUAAACUGAGCAGCGGCCAAGUGGUGGAGCCGAUAGGCCGAGUUAAGGAGAUGAUGUGUACAAGGCAACAUUGCAAUCUCAAAGGAGUUAGACGUGGAACAUGGCUAUAUGUUACAAGCAGGAGCUUUAGAACUAUUCCAUUUCAUGUUCACAUUUGGUACAGUUUAUUCCGUGGGGUCGCCAUAUGCUGCACACAUCUGGAUGUCAUUAUACGUACAUAGGAUUUGUUUGCGCAUCUUUUCUGUAACUACACAUGUUGUUCAGACUGCGUGACGCGUGGGAUGUUACGCAAACGUGCCAUGGUGUUUCGUUUCCACGGGUUUUCAGUGCGUCGUGGGGAAUAACUUGUGUGUUUUAUUCGCGAGGCGCGGCUAUGACGCGGCAGAAGCGCAACGGCUUCCUAUUGGCCGAGCGUAGGAUCGAUCACCUUCUCACGAUCCAUUCUGCUGAAAGAAAUGUUUGCAGAGGAUCACGCCCACCAGGGGUGUGUGGGCGUGGGCGUGUGGAGCAGCUCCUCCCUAUAGCCUCUUAUAAAGCAACGAGCCAAAGGCACCAUAGUUAUAUUUUAGUUUUGAGGCUAAGCUGCCGUCCACCUCCUCACACCAUGACCCUCCAAACAGAGAAGUCUGUCCUCACUUACUCGAAAUCUAAAGGGAUCGUGGCAUUAGUCACCGCUUUUAUGAAACAGAGGAAGAUGGGUCUGAACGACUUCAUUCAGAGACUUGCCACAAACUCCUACGCCUGCAAACAUCCAGAAGUUCAGUCUAUUCUGAACUUGAGUCCUCCUCAGGAUGCUGAGCUCAUGGACACACACCCCUCUCCUCCUCCUAGUCCGACCCAACAGAUCAACCUCGGUCCAUCCUCCAACCCUUCAGCCAAACCCAGUGACUUCCACUUCCUGAAGGUGAUCGGCAAGGGGAGCUUCGGCAAAGUCCUGCUGGCACGCCACCGUGCAGAUGACCAAUUUUACGCGGUCAAAGUCUUGCAGAAAAAGGCCAUCCUCAAGAAGAAGGAGGAGAAACACAUAAUGUCAGAGAGGAAUGUGCUGCUGAAGAAUGUCAAGCACCCGUUCUUGGUCGGCCUGCACUACUCUUUCCAAACGACGGACAAACUCUACUUUGUCCUGGACUACAUCAACGGAGGAGAGUUGUUCUACCACCUACAGAGAGAGCGCUGCUUCCUCGAGCCCAGAGCCCGGUUCUACGCGGCAGAGAUCGCCAGCUCACUGGGAUACCUCCACUCCCUCAACAUCGUCUACAGAGACCUGAAGCCAGAGAACAUCCUGCUGGACUCGCAGGGUCACAUCAUUCUGACAGAUUUCGGCCUCUGCAAGGAGAACAUCGAACCCAAAGGGACCACGUCAACCUUCUGCGGGACGCCGGAGUAUUUGGCUCCGGAGGUUCUCCACAAGCAGCCGUACGACAGGACGGUGGACUGGUGGUGUUUAGGAGCUGUUCUCUAUGAGAUGCUCUAUGGCCUGCCUCCGUUCUACAGCCGCAACACAGCGGAGAUGUACGACAACAUCCUGAACAUGCCGCUGCAGCUGAAACCCAACAUCACCAAUGCAGCCAGACACCUGCUCGAGGGCCUGCUUCAGAAGGACCGCACCAAGAGGCUGGGCUGCGCAGACGACUUUAUUGAAAUUAAGAACCACGUAUUCUUCUCCCCCAUCAACUGGGAUGACCUCAAUGCCAAAAAGAUCACCCCUCCCUUCAACCCCAAUGUGACGGGACCUAAUGACCUGCGGCACUUUGAUCCAGAGUUCACAGACGAGCCGGUGCCCAGCUCCAUCGGCUGUUCCCCAGACAGCGCGCUCGUUACCGCCAGCAUCAAAGAGGCUGCCGAGGCCUUUGUGGGCUUCUCUUACGCCCCGUCGAUGGAUUCCUACCUAUAGGAUUUAAACACAGGCCCUUAAAUGGACACCAAUUCAGACUUACAGGACACGGAAUGCGGCCUGUCCAUUCACUUGACCCCACCUUACACUUACCAUUGGGGCGAUAGAUACUUCGGAAGCAACGACUCUGAAUCUGCAAAGAAUUUGAAACGUCUGCACUUGCCAUCGUUCCUCCGACUCUCAAAAGACGGAAGACUCGCUGCAAGAGGAAGCCUGCUUUCUUUAGAUGACUCUUUGAGCUUGUGAUCCUCCAUUUUACCCCGAAUAACCAAAGCACAAUUUCUUCAACUUUUCACAACAAACACACAAACUGCAGCCUUCUAUUGCCCGUCUCUUUCCUGAUAGUGGAGGUCCUCUGCACACAGCUCAGGCAGCUUAGGAGCCCCCUCGACCCUGACCCGACACACACACACACACACACACACACAACUUCCACUUUCUCUCAGAAGAGGAAGGCUGCACCCCCCCCCCCCUUCCCCUCCCCUCCCUGCACCAGCCCCUAACAAGGAUUUAAAUCCAUAUCUAUGUGGACAGUGUUUUGAGAUUCUGUCACUUCCUUUUUGAGUUUUAAUGAGUAGCUUGGAGACGACAUUCAUUUGGUGCUUUAGUUUCUUCUCAUUUACUUUCUUUAAAAAAAGAGAGUUAUCUGAAGCUGAAUGUUACAAAGGGGGAGCUUUUAUUUAUUUUCUGAAAUGUGCCUUUUUAUUUUUUUCUUCCUCUCCAUCCGAUCUCACAACUUUUGGGUUUGUCAGCGUCAACCUUAAAGUUGACUUUUUACAUUUUUUAAAAGUUACCAUAGAGGAACAGUGUAGCACCAAAUCAACACACCGGCUGCAGCAAUAACGUGAGACGUGGGGAACUCAAACCCCGUCUCAUAUCUUCAUUUGCACAUGAAACAAUUAUGGCGAUAGCGAGAGAGAGAGAGAGAGAGAGAGAGCACAGCUGCUAGGUGACAAAGAGGGUGAUCUGUUCAGGAGUGUUUGUGUCGUUCUGCUUGACCCCUCGUGUCGUCUUCCAUUCAUAAUUUAACGGCGGCUGACGAUGUCGAAAACUGAACAUUCCAUUUUAAUAUUGCUGUAAUGCAGUUUGACGGUAUUUAAGUUUGUUUGUAUAUUUGAGUUGUGUACUAGUUUUAAUGUAUAUUAUUGAACAAAAAAUUACUUGAGGUAUGCCUAAAUAUAUAUGUACAUAUAUAUAUGUAACAAUUCAUGUCAAAUGUACUGUACAUUGUAAAAUUGUUUCAGAUUUGUGACCAUGUCUGGUUUGCAAUAAAAGUUUAACUUUA